CACUUUGCUCAACCUUCAAAUACCCCAUAAAAGCAUUUACUUUGACAUUCAGUCUUCCUACCUUAUUCCAGUCAUUGAUGAAGAAUAUCAAGAACAACAGAAAGCAGCAAUUAAUGACAUACAUUUGCAAACUGAACUCUGUAAUCCAGUUCAUUUGUCUGGAGAUGGGAGGUCAGACAGGAACUGAUCGAGAAUUGGAAGUCCAUACUUUAUCACAUUACAGGUGUGCACAGUUGGUUUGAAGAAGGAAAGCCGAAAAAAUAUGGACACGAUGAUCUCAGUAUGGAACAGCAAUGCAGAAAAAAAUGGCUUGGAAAAGACUCACGUGCCUUCCACACACUGCAGAGUCUUGUUCUGGACAAAGGACUUCAAAAGGAUUUGAGGCAAAUGGCUCUUUUCAAACACACUGGACAACUGACGGUGUUACAUUCUGUCCUGCUGAAAUACUGCUCAAAGAACCUACAUUUUCAUUAUGCGUCCAUGGUUGCAAGAACACAACUAGCUAUCCUUGACCACAAUGAAAAUGUAGGUCGUCAGCAAGCAUCAACCACUACUGGUGAGGACACGUUUGAGCUGCAUGCGGUGCAAUUGGAACUGGAGGACGUGGAGCGACAGAUCCGGACCCUUCUCGAGAAGCAGGCCGAGCUACGUGAGCGGCAGACAGCGCUGGAAACUUCCCGUGCUGACGCUCACCGCUCCUCGGUAAGUUUACAGCGCGAUAUUAACACUCCUGCUUCCUCUACGCCGUGUGUUUCUCUGCACAGGGCCCGAGCUCCCAGAACGCGUUCAUCCCAGCCCUCGUUCACUCCGGCGCCGUCUCACCAGGGACCUUGGGUGCUUCAGCAGCGGAAGACGCGAGCCAGGCCUCGGACCAGGACCUCUCCUCCUCCGCCGCCCCCGAUCUUCGAGGUCUCGACACGGAACCGCUUCUCCCCUCUUCGCGAGGCGGAACGCGACGCCGUGGUCAUCGGAGACUCCAUCGUCCGCCACGUCCACGCCACCACAGCCAAAGGUAAGGUGCGCAGUCACUGUUUUCCUGGUGCUCGUGUUCUCGAUGUCGCUGCGCAGGUUCCCGCGAUCCUCAACGGUGCUGAGACCAUCGGAGCUGUAGUGCUGCACGCGGGGGUGAACGACACCAGGCUGCGGCAGACGGAGGUGCUGAAGCAGGACUUCAGGAGCCUGAUCGAGACGGUACGAGCCACAUCACCCGCGACGAGGAUCAUCGUGUCCGGACCGCUUCCGAUGUACCGACGAGGACAUGAAAGGUUCAGUAGAUUAUUUGCUUUAAAUGAAUGGUUGAUGUCUUGGUGUAAUGAACAGAAGCUGCUCUUUAUAAAUAAUUGGAAUCUUUUCUGGGAGCGUCCUAGGCUCUUCCGUGCUGAUGGCCUGCACCCCAGCAGAAUCGGAGCUGAUCUUCUGUCGGAGAACAUCUCCAAGAUGCUUCGCACCGUAUGACUAGUAAGUCAAACCUCAAAUCACAGUCUGUGUUCUGCCCACUUAAUUGAUAGAAAUGUGAGUGUAGUACAGUCUAUAGAAACUGUGUCUAUUCCCCGAAUAGUGAGGUCUAACAAUAAAAAUAAAGGAUCUAGAAAAAAUGUGAUCGUGAUCAAACCAGAAAUUCGCAAAAUUACUGAACAAAAACAAUUUCUAAAGCUAGGGCUACUAAACAUUACAUCACUGACAACUAAGGCGGUUAUUAUAAAUGAAAUGAUCACAGAUAAUAGUCUUGAUUUAAUUUGCCUUACUGAAACAUGGCUUAAACCAAAUGAUUAUUUCGGUCUUAAUGAGUCUUGUCCACCUGGCUACUGUUAUAAAAAUAAAUGCCGUCUGAUUGGCCGUGGCGGUGGUGUUGCAACAAUCUAUAGAGGUAAUCUUAAUGUUACUCAGAGAACAAACUAUAGGUUUAAUUCAUUUGAAAUUCUUAUGCUAAAUAUUACACUCUCAGAUAUAAGUAAAAAGUCGCUACUAUCUCUUGCUUUAGCUACCGUUUAUAG